CAGUGCUCUGGGCGGCUUGUGGUGUCUGUGACAGGAAGAGGCUCCGGUGAUGAAUGUGACCUCCAGCCUACAGCUAUGGCGGAGUUGAUUACGGAUCAAGAGGAGGAGAAGCGAGAUGGUACACACUCUACAUUAGAGAAAGCGCACUGCACUUCCACCACUGCCAAGAAUUUCGCCAUCCUCAAGGAGCGUUCCUUUGACAUUAAUUUUGAAGUUGGAGAUGAAUAUGAUAUUAUUGAGACAAUUGGGACUGGAGCAUAUGGGGUGGUGUCAUCUGCUCAGAGAAAAGACACCGGUCAAAAGGUCGCCAUUAAGAAAAUCCCAAAUGCCUUUGAUGUGGUGACAAACGCAAAGCGCACCCUGCGGGAGCUAAAGAUUCUCAAGCACUUCAACCACGACAACAUCAUCGCUAUUAAAGACAUCCUAAAGCCGGUUAUAUCCUACUCUGACUUUAAAUCUGUGUAUGUGGUUCUUGAUCUCAUGGAGAGUGAUCUACAUCAGAUCAUUCACUCUUCACAACCUCUCACACUAGAACAUGCCCGAUACUUCCUUUACCAGCUGCUGCGUGGGUUGAAGUACAUUCAUUCGGCAAAUGUCCUCCACUGCGACCUGAAACCCAGCAACCUCCUCAUCAAUGAGAACUGUGAGCUGAAGAUUGGGGACUUUGGGAUGGCUAGGGGACUUUGUACCAAACCUGAUGAGUACAAGUAUUUUAUGACUGAAUAUGUAGCCACUCGCUGGUAUCGAGCCCCAGAGCUCAUGCUGUCUCUCCACGAGUAUACACAGGCUAUUGACAUGUGGUCUGUGGGAUGUAUUUUCGCAGAAAUGUUAGGGCGAAAGCAACUCUUCCCAGGGAAGAAUUACAUCCACCAGCUACAACUUAUCAUGACUGUUCUGGGUACACCUUCCACCCAGGUAAUCAGAGCGAUUGGGGCAGAGAGAGUGCGAGCGUACAUCCAGAGUCUUCCCUCACGCCAAUCUGUGCCCUGGACCAGCUUGUACCCACAGGCUGACCGAAAAGCCCUGGACCUGUUGUCCAAAAUGUUGAGAUUUGACCCACGGGAACGGAUUUCGGUGCGAGAGGCUCUUCGCCAUCCUUUCCUGUCCAAGUAUCAUGAUCCUGAUGAUGAACCAGAGUGUGUCCCAGCCUUUGAUUUUGAUUUUGACAAGAAGAUUUUGACCAAAGAGCAGAUUAAAGAGGCAAUAGUUUCUGAAAUAGACAACUUCCAUCGCAGGCGAGAGGGAAUCAGACGUCAAAUCAGCUUUAAGCCUGCACUAACGCCAGCUAUUGAGGGAUCUGUUGGUGAUGUUGUUCAGGAGAGUGACUUUCAUUCGCCUCCUCUCCCCCCUCCAACACAAUUAGAUGUGGACAUGCCAAGUGCCAACUCAGCCAGGGAAAGGGUGGACUUUCUGAUGGAGUCUCCCAUAGCUCCACAGAAAACGGAGACCAUUGAUCUGACCUCUCCUGUAGAUAGUGCCGAGACAGAGGCACAUGGGGAAUACGAAAAGACUAAAGAGGAUGUCCCAGUGGUGAAAGCAGACCCUGAACCUGUGCCAAAAAAGGAAGGAGCCAUCUCAAAUGAUACCAAAGCAGCGCUAAUUGCCGCCAUUAUACGGUCAUCGCAGCGAAACAGGAGCAAAGAUGCCCCCAGCUCCAUAACAGAGUCUCCAGAAACAUGGAAGGCCAUAACUGCUCAGGAUCGUCAGCGAGAGCGGGAGGAGCAGCAAAAAAGGCGCCUAGAACGUGCUAGAGAGAGGGAGAAGAAGCAGAAAGAGAGAGAGCGUCGGGAUGUGAAGAAGACAGAGGGUUUUGGGGGAUUGGUGCUGAGCGAGAAUGAUAAAAACUUGUUGGAGAGGUGGAAUCGAAUGAUUGACCAGACUCAGCACUAUCCCCCUGUGCCCACCAGCCAGAAAACAACUUUGUCAAACCACAUUCCUCAGCCGGCACAGGCUCCUGACCUCUGCAAAAGGACUCAACCUAUGUCACAACCAGUUUUUAAUGUGCCCAACAUGACUCCUAUAGCAGAAGUUAGAAGUCAGCAGAAUGGAACCAUUACUGCCCCAACAGUAACAACCAACAUCCAACUCAUGCCAAGGUGCCUAAACCCUUGCCAAGUGCCCUCUCUGCUCCAAUACGUCCCACCCACCACUGGAGCUUUUCAGAUUGCACCUGUGGUAUUGGCUCCUCCUAAGCCAGAGCCUCUACCAGUAACUGCGCAGCUUCCUUCUGAUGUCAAGUUCAUUAACAGAGGUCAAGUGCAUCCAAACCAGUUUUCCACCUCUUCAGGACUUAACCCGACCUGGUCUAGUUGUGGACAACAGGAGAGCUGGCCAGGUGCAAGGGAUGGCAAGCGAGAGGCACUAAGUGUGGAUUCAUCUCUGUUCCUGCGUAAUCCCACCAGUCUAGAGCAACCACAGGGAGUGCUGACGUAUACCAGCGGGGUAAACUGCCGGGGUCAGGAAGAUGCCAAACCAUGUGAUCUUACACCACUCCCGCCCACAACCUUCAGUACUGCUGAUACUUCCAGCACCAUCUCUCCAGAUAUCAAUUUGGUGACACAGCAGCUCUCAAAAUCCCAGGUGGAAGACCUUCUGCCGCCCGUCUUCUCUGUCACCCCUAAAGGAAGUGGCGCUGGGUAUGGAGUGGGAUUUGAUCUGGAGGAGUUUCUCAACCAGUCUUUUGAGAUGGCGUCAGAUAAUUGCGACAGCUUGGUAGACUCUGCUCCUCUGUCGGCCUCACUGUUAGCGGAUUGGCUGGAAGUUCACAACAUGAACCCUGCAGAUUUGGCGUCGCUACAAGACGACCUUCAGCUGGGGUCUCCAAUGAUCAUUUCCGACUUGCCGGACCUCCAUGAUACAUGAAGACAAGCCUGAGAGUGAGCACUGCCUGUGAGAUCAUAAGACAGACAGGGCUUGGCUUGCUAAGCUGCGUUACAGACUCACAGGUGGUCCCAGAACUCCCCCAGAAGAUAAGGCCUCACUUCUAUUACCACAGCUAUGCAAGGGCAGAAAGACAGUGUUAUAGAAGCCUGAAAUGACUCAGAUCAAAUGGCUACCGGGAUCUGAAUGUUUUUCUAUAAGGCUUCGAGUGCAACAGUAGAUGGGGUUUUUUCUGUUGUCACCUUCCACUUCUGCAUCUGUCAUUGCAUCAUGACCAUCAGUACAGAGGAAAUAACAGGGACAUUGCACAUACAGCAUCCUUCAUGAAUCACCUACACUACUCACAUGUAUUGCCACACGCACUGUUCACGUGUUCUGUAUCCUGCACUGCUCACACGUACUGUACACUGUAUCUUGCACUGCUCACAUAACCUGUACACUGUAUCUUGCACUGCUCACAUAACCUGUA